GUGGUGCGAUGUGUUCAGUGGUAGUUCGUCUUUCGAUACGAGUACUUUGUCUUUUUCAUUCGUUUGUGAUAUCCUUGUUCUUUUUCCUAUCUCUAGUAGCUAUUCACAAUAUUACGUUCUUAUCAGGCUGAUAGACGUUUCUAUCAACGGAAAAAAUGCCUUACCGUUAUAAAUUGCGACUGAUUAGCAGAGCUUGCCUAGCCUUCAGAAACUCACGUACUGAGAAAAGCAACAUUCAUUUUGCUGCUAGCAGAAAUUUCUCUACCAGCGGCACAGUCAACAUGAGGUUCGUACAAUUCACCGGCAAGGAUGGUGGACCCAGGCAUCUGGGAGUACAACUUGUCCAAGGAGGUGACAUAAUCGCCGUUUCUGCCAUAGACUCGCGAAUUCCUAACUCAAUGAAAAAAUUCCUCGAAGGUGGCAACGACCUGUUGAAGAAAGCGAAAAGGGAAGACGAUGUGAAUUUGUUGACAUUGGUAGAAAGAAUAGUGGCAGAAGGACGCAGCGUGAUACCGGAAACAGAUGUGACUUUCUUGGCGCCGGUCACAAAGAUGGAUAAAUUGGCGUGCGUUGGUCUUAACUACAGUGGCCACUGCAAAGAACAAGGAGUAUCGCCUCCAGAAAGCCCUGUAAUCUUUAGCAAAUUCCCCAGCAACAUCAUUGGACCGCGCGACAAUAUCAUGCUUCCAUCGAUCUCGGAUAAAGUCGACUGGGAGGCCGAGCUCGCGAUAGUAAUCGGCAAAAAGUGCAAGGCAUUGGACAAAAAUGAGGUAGAAGACUGCAUUUUUGGUUACACAAUAGCACAGGACAUCACAGCUCGAGAUUGGCAAAAGUCGAAAAGAAACGGUGGUCAGUUUCUACUCGGCAAAGCUAUGGACACAUUCUGUCCACUGGGACCAGCUAUUGUCACCAAAGAAGCCAUUUGUGACAUCAAUAAUCUUCCAGUGCGAACGUGGGUGAAUGGUAAUCUUAAGCAAGAUGGGAACACUUCUGAGCUGAUAUUUAAACCAUACGAUAUCGUCGCAUAUAUUUCACAAUUUAUGACGCUGUUACCAGGAGACGUAAUUCUAACAGGCACGCCAGCUGGUGUGGGUUUCACCCGCAAACCGCCUGAAUAUCUACAGCGUGGAGACGUUUUAGAAACGGAAAUAGAGGGUCUAGGUCGCAUGAGGAACAAAGUUCUCUGAUCUGGCGAGUGGAGCAUGCUCCACGUAGAAAACGUACGAACAGAAAUAUAAUUUAUCCGGAGAAAAACCGAACGUACGUUAUAAAAAUGGAACCAACAUCAAAGCGCCACGAUCAAAUCACAAUCAAUUCUAAACUUAUACAACGCACGAUAACACGAAAAGGAAAUGGAUAUGAUAUGAAACACACAAAAAAAAUGCAACAUUCUCAAUUUAAUAAAUGAUGAUAGUAAUUAAGAAAGAAGAGUUCGGAAUAUCGAACACUUCUUUUUGUUUUAAAGAAUUGGAGCCUAAGCAUAUGCAUUCAUACAAUGUCGCACUUAUCAUCAUGCACCUAUAUUACGUAUUUAUACGAUUAAAGCGAGACCAUUUUUAAAAAUACAAAUUUCUCUGAGUGUCUUUUUUUUU